AUGACAUUCAUUCCACAAUCACCAUUUUCAAGAAGAACUCAACAACUCAUCACCCACAACAAUUCCACCGUUGAAGAAAACUCUUUCCAAUCCAACGACUUGCUCUAUGUCACCAACAGCAAUCAUGCCAACAUCACAUUGACGGGAGACCGAUGCAUGAAAAUUAUUCUUGAUGGAAAUAAUAAUUCCACACUCACUUUUAAUGUGAAUUCUAUCACUACAGGAUUUGUAGAAGUCAUGAAAUGUGAUCAUACCAAAAUUGUGGUCGGAGCUAAUUGUGCUCACAAAAUUACCAUAUUACAACUCGAUAAUUUGAACAAUUGUGAAAUUGUUUUUAACAUUGCCAAUGAAAACUCAAAUGUUGAAUAUUUGGCCAAUUUCUGUUCAGAAUUGUCAAUUAUUUCAAAUAUAGAAUGUAAGAAUAUCAAGAUGGUUAUUCAAACAGAGUCUGGAACUGUUUUAUUAGAUUCAUUGUUAAUUUUUGAAGCUGUGGACGACGAUAUGUUACAACAUAACAGAAGUUCUAUCCAAUUCAAAUCCAAAUUCAUUCAAUCCAGUGUGGAUCAAACCAUUUCCUUGGAAACUGAACUGAUCAUUCGUGAAGGAGUCAAUGGAUACAUCUCAACUAGAAAAGAGAAACAAGCCAAAGAUAAUCUCCUAAAAGAAUUUGAUGAAAAGAUGGAGAAAUUACUUUUAAAGGAUGGACUUAACAAGUAG